AUGUCUACUCAAAAAGCCAUUAUCGUCACCGAACCAAAGAAGGCUGAAUUGGUCACUGACCGUCCCAUCCCCACCCUGCCAGACGACUACAUCCUUGUGAAGAACAUCGCCGUGGGCUUAAAUCCCACCGACUGGAAAUCAAUCACUCAAUAUGCCCCAACCGGCGUCCAGACAGGAUGCGACUUCGCCGGGUUAGUCGAAGCAGUUGGCAAUAACGUGAAGAAGCAAUGGAAGAAAGGCGAUCGUGUAUGCGGCUUCGCUCACGGCUGCAACACCGUGCGGCCAGAAACGGGUUCGUUCGCGGAGUGGAUUAUUGUCAAGGGCGAUAUUGCCAUGCGCUUACCGGGUAACCUGAGCUUCCAAGAAGGUGCCACUCUUGGUGUGGGCAUCGCGACGGUCGGUCAGGCGCUUUAUCAAAGCUUGAAACUUGCUCUCCCUACGAAUCCUAUCACGGAUGCUACUCCGAUUUUGAUUUAUGGUGGCUCGACAGCCACUGGGACGCUGGCUAUUCAGUUUGCCAAAUUGUCUGGUUAUACUGUGCUCACUACGUGUUCGCCGCGCAACUUCGACCUUGUCCGGCGUCUCGGUGCAGACGCAGUCUUUGAUUACAGGGAUAUGGAGGCUGCUUCUGAGAUCAAGAAGCUCACUGAUGAUAAUUUGAAGCUCGUCUUUGACUGUAUCUCGCUGGAGGAUAGUGUUAAGUUCUGUGAUGCGGCUAUAUCUUCCUCGGGUGGUGACUACAGCAAUCUUCUGGCCGGGAGAAUUGAGCGUGAGAAUGUGAAUAGUCGGUCUACUGCGGCUUACAGUAUAUCUGGGGAGGAUUGGCAAUAUGGCGGUGGGGAUAUACCUGGUAAGCCAGAAGACAAGGCUCAUGCUGAAAUGUUUUUCCCUAUCGUGGAGGUUCUGUUGCAGCAAGGGAAGGUCAAGGUUCACCCUCCCAAGGUUGGUAAGGAGGGAUUGAAGGGUGUUUUGGAGGGGUUGGAGUUGCUGAAGAAUGAAAAGGUCAGCGGUGAGAAGCUGGUUUACAACAUCGACGAGACGCCGUAA